CCUUUUAUCCCUCUUACUCUGACUCCUUUCCUUUCCUCUACCAUCUUUUUCAUUAUCAGUGUCCUUUCUUCUAGCUUUCUAUGUCUCAACAACAGAAAACCAGUUUGUAAAGUCUGACCACCUCUCCCCUACCUCCUACCUAGUGUUCUCUCUUCAUUUCUGCUGCCUUUGUGCUCAUAUUUUCACAUAGUUAGGCUUUUCUCCUUACCCUGUCCUUCACAUCCACUCUUUGAAACUUCUUGAAUCAGAGAUCUGGGUAUAGAUGGGAGGAGACUUUGAGUAACUCAUCCCUUGCACUGGAUGGGGCAGGGAGGAAAUAGUCAUACCCUUUUUCUCUAUACUUCCUUUGGGAGGUCAAGCUGUCCAUCCCUACUUCACUUGAGACCAUUCUCAGGUCCCCUCCAGCCGCUCUCCUACCCAAAGGGAAUAUAUCCCAGAUCUAAAAGUCUUGCUGAAAUGGAGACUCCUCUUGAGAAGGCCCUGACCACCAUGGUCACCACUUUCCACAAAUAUUCGGGAAGAGAGGGCAGCAAAUUGACCCUGAGCAGGAGAGAAUUGAAGGAACUGAUUAAGAAGGAGCUAUGCUUGGGGGAGAAACUGCAGGAAAGUGGCAUCGAUGAACUGAUGAAAAGCCUGGACAAGAACAGUGAUCAGGAGAUUGACUUCAAGGAAUAUUCUGUGUUCCUGACCACACUGUGUAUGGCCUACAAUGAUUUCUUCUUGGAAGAAAAUAAAUAAACAAGUGAAUGAUGGGUCACUGCACUGAGGAUAACCUUCCCAGUGCAGUUUCUUUCCCUUCAUUGGGACCUUCACUCCCAUUCUAUCCCUCCCCAGUUAUCGAUAAUGGGACUAACAAAUCCUCCAGAUCUAUGUUACCUAGAGGUAGCUGACAUUUACCUUUUCCUUUUCCCUAUAGGGUACACUCUAACCUUCUCUGCCCUAUAUUCUUUCUUUCUUUCUCUCUAUUUCUCUCCUACUUCCUCCCUUCCUUUUCCCUCCCCUCCCUUCCUUUUUCCAUUUCUCACUUCUUCUCUCCAUUCGUCUCAUCUUUCCUUCCUGCCUCUGUGAUCUUAUGGGUAUACCAAAUGCAGAUCAGCAGUUUACCUGUAAUUUAGAAUUGUAAGGAGCUGUCUAGAAUUCUAAGAGGUUGUAACUUUCCCCAAAAGUUGACUAGCAUGUCAGAGGCAGGAUUUGAAACUAGUGCAGUAAAACCCAGAAUUGUAAAGCCAACCCUCUCUAUCCACUAAACUAUACUGCUUCUCUUGCUAUCAUUGUUUUUGAAAAUAUUCAUUGAUUUUUUCCACCCCCUGUCACUUGCCAAUGUUUUGUCUUCUUCACUUCUGUAUAAUCCUGCCUAUUAAAUGGUUAAUUAAUUUAUUUACUAUUUUAUUUUUCACCAAUUGCAUGCUAUCAUCCAUAUUUAAAAAGGAAACAGUUAAGAAACCAAAACAACACAUUGAUCCAACAUCACUUUCCAUUGUUUCUCCUUUACUCCUGUAUAAUUCUCCCUAUGAAAUGAUUAAAUUAUUUAUUCAGCAUUUUAUUUUUCCUCAAUUACAUGCUAUCCUCCAUAUUAAAAAAAGAGACAUUGUUAAGGAAGCAAAGCAACACAUUGGUAGGGACUGACAAUAUUAUGCCUUAUUCUGUCAAACAAUCAAUAAUCAUUUAUUAAAUGCCUACUCUGUGCUAAGCUCCUUAUACCUCUAUACUCCUAUAGUCUGAGCAGUCCAUUGUAUAAGGAAGGAUGCUUUUUUCGUCAUCUAGAAAAGUGCCUUUCAACCUCCCAUUCCAGAAGCAAUUCAUUCUCUUUUUCCUUCCUGUAUAUGAUAAUAAAAGUUUUUUUACUUCAAGGUGUUGUGGGUGAUUGUGACCUAAGAGAAGGAGGCAAGCACUCAGGGCACAGAUCUUGAAGUAGAAGGAGGAGGGAAAUGUUCCUCAAUAACAUUGCUUCAGCUUUUAAAGGUUUUGAAGUUUCACCUCUAUAAGUGUGGAUACUUCCCUCACUUGGGCGCAUUGCAACCCCUUCUAAUUCUUACUGGAG